AGUGGCAGGAAUAGUGCCCCAUCAUUAGUAUCAUUGGGGGGAAUAGCACCCCAUCAUUGGUGUCAGUGGAAUAGCGCCCCAUCUUUGGUGUCAGUGGGAGGAAUAGUAUCCCAUCAUUGGUGUCAGUGGGGGGGGAGGAAUAGUAUCCCAUCAUUGGUGUCAGUGGGGGGUGGAAUAGUGCCCCAUCGUUGGUGUCAGUGGGAGGAAUAAUGCCCCAUCAUUGGUAUCAGUGUCAGUGGGAGGAAUAGUGCCCCAUCAUUGGUGUCA